AAAGUCAGGCAGUGGUAGGGUAUCUUCACUCGGGUCUGCAAACUGUCUGCCGCUGGGAGGUCACUCCACAAGAAAAACCCUGCAGUGCCCAUGACCUGCAAGCACAAUAUUUGAUCAGGACUGCGGGGCGGGCACCAACCCUGGCAAAUUGAGAUAUACACAUGCUCUUUAAUACACAGGAGAUCAGGCAGACGAACACUGAGGCUUUGGAAAAGGGACUCUGAGUCUGGUUCCAUGAGGUUCUGCACAAUGCACUGGGCUUCCGUCCUGAUAGUAGCUGGGCUGUGUGGGGUCUCCCUGGGCCAGUAUGAAGAUGAAGAAGAUAUGUACUGGUUGCAUCAGUACCUUCGCAGCCAGGCGUUGUCCUAUAACUACAUGCCAUACUACGAGGAUGAGGUCCCCCAAUACCCUUAUGUCCCACCUGGGUCCCCCUUUGCGGAGCCCCUCCUUGAGCCCGUUUCCCGGGAAUGCCCCCAGGAGUGCGAUUGCCCCCCCAACUUCUCCACGGCAUUGUACUGCGACAGCCGCAACCUGAGGUACCUUCCCUUUGUGCCUUCCAGGAUGAAGUACGUCUACUUCCAGAACAACCAGAUCACCACCGUCCAAGAGGGGGCUUUCGACAAUGCCACAACGCUGGAAUGGAUUGCGUUGCAUGGCAACCAGAUAACCAGUGAGAAGAUGGGCAAGAGGGUCUUUGCCAAGCUCAAGAACCUGGAGAGGUUGUAUCUGGAUAACAACAACCUGACCAAGAUGCCCAGCCCCCUGCCCAGGUCCCUGAGAGAACUCCACUUGGCUUACAAUCAGAUCACCAGGAUCCCAUCCAAUGCUCUGGAAGGUUUGGAGAACCUUACUGCCCUGUAUCUCAGCCACAACCAGAUCCAUGAUAUAGGAGCAUCUUUCAAAGGGUUAAAGUCCUUGAUCCUUGUUGACCUGAGCUACAAUCACCUCAGGAAGGUCCCCGAUGGCCUCCCAAGCUCUUUGGAGCAGCUCUACCUAGAGCACAACUACAUCUACACCAUCCCUGAUGAGUAUUUCAAAGUGUCCCCCAAGCUGCUCUAUAUCAGGCUGUCUCACAACAGCCUGACCAAUGAUGGGCUCUCCUCCAACACCUUCAACACCAGCAGCAUCCUAGAGCUGGAUCUGUCUUAUAACAGGCUCCAGAAGAUCCCCCGGGUUAGCACCAACCUCGAGAACCUCUACCUCCAAGGGAACCAAAUCAAUGAAUUCUCCAUCAGCAGCUUCUGCACAGUCGUCGACGUCAUGAACUUUUCCAAGCUCCAGGUCUUGCGGCUGGAUGGGAACGAGAUCCAACGGAACGCGGUGCCCCCGGAUGCCCCCCUCUGCCUGAGGCGUGCUGCCGUCAUUGAGAUUUAACCCCCCCCCUUUUCCCCGUGCUCUCCUCCAGUCCUCAGGGCAGCAGCACACCUGCUCCAGUAAUCCAGGCUGGUGGGAGGGGUUCACUCUCGUUUUAACGCGGCUUGAUGGUUUGUUUGGCUUCUGCAAUAGCGUAAUAUGGGUGGCACAAUAGUAGCCUGUGCAGGGUUCCCUGCCAGAGUAGGAGGGAUGUGUCAUUAACUCCACCCACUAGAUGCUACCCCUUUUAGCCUAUCAGGUCACACCAGUAUGGAGGCAGGUCUCUGCUUUGUCCUAUAAAAACCCCUACGGUUCUCUCUCUAACCAGCCAAACGGUUCUCUUGAUGAUUCCCCGCCAUUGUCUUGCGGCACGCAUGUCCAUGCGGCUCCCACCAGCAUGGGUGGGUUGAGCAGAGGGGACUCAAGUUGUCUCUGUUCAAAUGCAUUGGAUUUGAAAGUUUGAUGCCAGCUGGGAUGGUUUUGGAGUUCAUGUUCUGUGUAGGAGGAACUGUGGUAAAGGGAUCAGAGACGGGGGAGGAGGAGAAUUCAGGUUUUUCAGAUGUAGUGUGGAAAAACAGAACAGGCCAUGGGACAGGAUGGGGAUCAUUUGAAGAGAGACUGUGGAAGAGAGGAGCAGAGAGGAAGGGCGAGAGGAAAAUUCUAACGGAAAAAUAGCUAUAAUCUAUGGGUCAGAACUUCACCAGGUGUAAAUGGGUGUAGCUACAUUGACUUCAGGCAGCAGGUUUAAAACAAAGAAAAGGAAGUAUUUUUUCACACAAUGCACAGACAACCUGUGGAACUCCUUGCCAGAGGAUGUUGUGAAGGCCAAGACUAUAACAGGGUUCAAAAAAGAACUAGGUAAAUUCACGGAGGAUAGGUCCAUCAAUGGCUAUUAGCCAGAAUGGUCAGGGAUGGUAUCCCUAGCCUCUGUUUGCCAGAAGCUGGGAAUGGGUGACAAGGGAUGGAUCACUUGAUGAUUCCCUGUUCUGUUCAUUCCCUCUGGGGCACCUGGCAUUGGCCACUGUCGGUAGACAGGAUACUGGGCUAGAUGGACCUUUGGUCUGACCCAGUACGGCCAUUCUUAUGUGCUUAUGUUCUUAUGAAUGAUGCUGAUUUACACCAGCUGAGGAUCUGCAACUUUACAUCCUGUAUUUACUGGUCUCCUCUUACUGCUGAACUUUCAGGGGACUAUCCUCCUAAAACACACUGCAGGCUUCUAUGUAGCUAGCAAGAUGUAGGAGCUGGUUUAUAAAGGGGAAUUGCCUGGGGGGAGAUUUGUGUGGUUCAAAGGUUUGCAGACUAGUUUUUCGAGCCCCACACUUCCCCUCCCUCCUCAGAAUGUUGGAAAACCAACAGAGCUUAUUGACCGAUGAUGUGGUCAGGUGUCACCCUCUAGCUGGAACCUGCCAGUAGGAUGUUUCAAGCUGAAUUGGUCAAAAAAAAAAAAGCCAAUAGUUAUAUAAAACCUGAUUCCCAUUUAUCCUACGGCCCUUUUGAACUGCAAGAGCGUGGCAGAGUGGCUUUAGCAUGAGUGCAAUUAUCUUUAGUGCAAGUGAGACUUCAUACUGUGGGUUUUUUAAUUGAUAGACCGUGGGCCAGUUUCUGAUCUCUGUAACAGUGGUGUCAAACCCGGAACAACUGCAUUACAUCAACUAUAAGGAUUAUAAACCCUCUUGCUUCUAGGUACCAGCUAACCAGUAACUGCUGGAGUUAGGGUGAAACUGCUGCUAAGGGAAGCUCGUCCAAGAAUUGUCCAUGAAGGAAAUUUCUUGAAGGUUGCUCUGAAGCAGCUGGUACUGGUCACUGUCAGAGACAAGAUACCAGAUAGAUGGGCUCCUGGUCUGAGCUAGUAUGACCAUUCCUAUUGUAUCCUAUCCUUCAUCUUUCUCUAUAACCUUUAUAGAGUGCCUGCCACCAAAGUGGCUGCCAAUGGAAGUCAGUGAGGUGCUUCUCUGCAUUUUUGCCGGAGAUCCAAAUCUAACCUCUCCUCUUUGUAUUAACUCUUAAUUCAUAGACGCAAACACCCUCGGUGGGCAAAGCGAAAGGAGCAUAUGUGGCUGAGCAACAGGGAUGGAUCGACAGGUGCCUGAAACAAAGUUAGCCAUGUGAACAUGAAACAUUUACCAGGCACAAGUUAGCCAUGUGAACGUGAAGCAUUUACCAGGCAGCAGCACUCACAGAUGGAGGAUGCGGAGGGGGGGUUGUCCCUGACCUGUCAGCCAGCCAAACCAAAGUACCAAUAGGUGCUGGAACUAGGAGUGCAUGGGGGUGCUGCCGCACCCCCGGCUUGAAGUGGUUUCCAUUAUAUACAGGGUUUACAGUUUAAAAUUCCACCUUUUCCUGCAGGGUGUUUGCACUGGAUAACUGAGUUCCUGCCGAACUUUGUCCCCUUCGGGUGGGACGAGUGGAAUUUCAAGGCUGCAGGAGCAUUACGUUUCCCAGUUGCACUGAGUUGAAAGUUAUAAGUUUCUGGCACAACAUAGCAACCUUUUACAGUCCAGGUAGCAGAAGGGCAGAUCUUGGGUGGCAGCUUCCUUGGGGUAGUAUCAGUCUCUGAGCGUCCUUGCCUGCGUAAGCUCCACCAAAUGAAUUUACAGGUGACCAGCAGGUACCAGGAGGAGACAGUACAACAGGCAUAGCCAGAGAGGAAAAGCGUUCUUGUUACUUUCAACUCCUGUGGAAUCCAGCUUUGCUAUCACUGCUCGUAACGUAUGGAUCAUACCUUUUUUUCCAUGUGCUGCUUGGCUGCAGGUGAAGAAUGCUACAGUUUAACGAAGUGGCAUUCAGAGCCAGUUGUAACUAUAAUGCGACCCGCCUUGACAUUAUAAUACCAGGCAGGAUUCACUCUGGUUCAGUGAGCUUUUGCUCUAAGGCAGACAAUCUGGUUCUGGAAAGCUGGUUUCAUGGUUGUGUGUGAGCCCAGUCAGAUGUCGCACUCAAAUGAAAGGAGUUGCCCAGACUGGCCCUUAUUGCAAAUUCCUACUGUGCCUUCCUGUUGUGGUUAAUUGCAUUUGUUAAGUGUGGCACUCUCUGCCUGUACAAUAGUUUGCCCUUUUCUCUUGAGGAACUCACAGGGUAGCAACGCUCAGUCUGCUCUAAGCAUCAAUCCCCUUGAAUUGUUUUGGUUUGAAACAUCCCUUUUCCCCAGCCCAGAUUGGGGUCCCAUUUUUAAAAAAAUCUUGGCGGUGAAUUUGAAUUCCACAAAAGCCAAAAUACCAGCUGGGUUCAUUGGACAAGGCAGAGAACAAGGGUCAGGUGAGCUUCUGGGGGACUUGGGAAGCUCAAAGGCCAUCUAAACCCUCCACAUUUAAACUGCAUGCUAACGAUAUAAAGGAAUCUGUAUUCUCACCAAAGCAUGAACUGUAGAUAUCAUACCAAUCAAUAAAACCCUUUUUAUAAUUGCA